UGAUCGCUGAUUUGUUUACAUUUUACACUGCUUUCCUGUCUGGUUUUUCCUUAUAAUUUUCAGAUUUAAUGACCAUAACAACUUCAGUUUUCAAUUCAUCAUGCUAUUAUUGCUUGAACUAAUUUGAUUUGCUAUGCAUCAGUUGCAGAAAAUGUUCAUAGUAAGCGUGACAUGCAUUCUGUAAAAGUUCAUCAAUAUGCCUUUUUGCGGUAUGAUGAUUUGGAAAAACUUUUGGCUGUGGCUCAUAAUCGCUCUCUUCAUUGCUUCAUUUGGACCAGUUUUAUUGAUCACUUUAAUCUUCAGCAUUUUAAUUCUAAUUUUGAGUAUAUUUCUGAUUACUCAUGUCUAUAGCCGAAGAAUAUCAGUUGAAAAAAAUGAUUUACAUAGAAGAGUUGCUUAUCCUACUCCACUUUUAAAGAUGCAUGGGCCUGGCUCUUCAAAGAAAAGUAUCAAAUAUGACCAAAGAUUAACAGGAUCCAAUAUGAUUGAUGAUCCUUUACAAGAGGUUCUUAAUUAUGCUUUUCGAGAUUAUAUUGCAACUUGGUAUAGCCAUAUUUCUAAAGAUGAAGAUUUUCUUUUAAGUUUAAAGGAUCUUGUCAGAAAAGUGAUUGUGGCAUUUUCUGGCCGGUUUAAAGAUGUUGAAUGGGUUAAUUAUUUAACAACAAAGUUAGUUGAUGAUUUUACAUCCCAUCUUCAUAUCUUUCGUAGAGCACAUUCUCGUUUAAAAGAUUUUCAGAAGAAAGAUCCAGCAACAAAUAUGAAUCUACUGUCUUUGUUUUUUAAACUUGAAGGUUCCUCUGAAGAUAAUCUAAGUCAUAGUUUAGUUUGUACUUCUAAAAAACAUGAACAAGAAUAUUUGGAGGAAUUAUGUGAAGUCAUUAUGUACAUUAUUUUACCAUUUGAAGAUUUCCAAAAUUUAGUUUCUAGGCUUAUCUUAAGGGAAAUUAUUGUCAAUGCAGCAGUUUUACCUAUUAUUGAUCUCGUAUCUGACCCAGAUUAUAUUAAUCAAAUUAUUGUUUGGAUGUGCAAAGAAACAACUUUUACCACUGAUGGAUUUCUACUUGUUAUUAGAUGUACUGAUAACAUUGCAGAAUUGCAAGCAGUUCAAGAAAUGGUGAACCAUGAAAUAGCUGUUUUAAGAUCCAGAGACUCUGGUGGAAAUGAUGAUACUGAAAUAAAGCAACAGUUGAGUAGUUUGUCUUAUGUUCGUAAAGUUGUCGAAACACAAAUGCGAAGACUCAGUGAUGGGAGUGUCGAUACUGAUUCAACUGGAAUGCCUACAGGCAUUGAUUGGAAGGUUUUGACAGAGCCGGGUGUGAAGCUUUUCCCUCUACAUUUUGAUGUUGUUCUGACUAAUAAUAUAGCCCUUCAUUAUUUUACUGAUUUUAUGAGUGCUUUGUCAGCACAAGGUUAUAUUUUCUUCUAUCAUUCUGUUGAGAGUUAUAAAGUUUCUGCUGAACAAAUGCUAUCUCAAAGUAAAAUCAAUGAGAAUACCCAAUCACCAACUCCCCCAGACAUGGAAUGUUUGAGAGAAGCUGCUGUUCAUAUUUUUGAUUUAUAUUUAUCUGAAAAAGCAACUCUUAGAGUUAGACUAGAUGAAUCUCUUUUAAAGAAGUUACUAUGUCGAAUACGCACAGAAACACCUAGUAGCACCUGGUUUGAUGAAGCUCAGUGGAAAGUUUAUGAAAUAAUGCAAGAUGAGCAAUAUUUUCCUGCAUUUAAAAACAGUCAAAGUUAUAUUAAGUUGCUUGCAGAAUUGGAUCUGUUAAAAGAAGGGAACAUUAAAACUGAAGAAGAUAAUAUUUUCCUGAGUCCUAAAUUGGCAAGCAAAGAUAGCUCUGAUGAUAUUUCUUUAUCAGAUAGCAUUAGUCUUAAUUCUUUAGAGCAAGAAGAUUAUGGUAUUGAUUAUCCAGUCACAGAUGCUUCUCAAAGUGUUGUUUCAUCAUUAGUCUUGUCAGAUGAAAUCAAUACUGAAGAUUGUGAAAUAUCAGCACAAAUUUACAACACAGGUAUCACAAAUGAAUCAGGUUCAACAUUUGCUGUUUAUGCUAUAGCAGUAUGUCGUAAAGAUCCAUCAGGCUCUGAAGAUAAAUGGAAUGUUAUCAGAAGAUAUAGUGAUUUUCGGGAUUUUCAUUUUGCAAUUAUUCAGAAAUUUCCUCACCUUAGUCAGUUACAGUUCCCUGGUAAGAAGACUUUUAAUAAUUUGAGCCCCCAAUUUUUAGAAAAACGCACAGGUCAGUUGUGUAAUUAUCUGCAGAUUUUAACUAAUCCUGACACUUUAGUAAACAGUCCCGGGUUGAAAACUGCAUUAUUGCAAUUCCUGGAGCCUAAAGUGUAUGAAAAAGGCAGAAAACCUUUAGCUAAAAAGGUUGAUGCACUUGUAAAUCCAUUGUCCUCUUCCAUCAAAUCUGUGGGUCAUAUGGUAAAGCAAGUUCCUGAUUCUUUCAUGGAUGGCCUUAAGGAUGGGAUUGUAAAAGUGUUGGGAAAUAGAGGAUCAUCGCCCGUUAAUCAGCCAAUACCAGAAAUAAAGAUCUCUACCACAAUUGAAGAAGGGGAAGAUAACAUUCCACUUAGAAUUUUAAUUCUUCUAAUGGAUGAAGUGUUUGACCUAAAAAGCAAAGACCAAUGGUUUCGAAAGCGAAUUGUGAUUCUUCUCCGUCAAAUCAUUAAUGCAACAUACGGUGAUGCUAUAAAUAGGAAAAUAGUAGAUUUUGUUCAAAAAAGUACAUCUGCAGAGCAGAUGGCAGAAUACAUUAAAUCAUUUAGAGAAAAUUUAUGGCCUAGUGGUGCUCCUGCUGUACCCACACCUGAAAGAGAGUUAAAAACUAAGAUGAGGACAAGAGUGGCAGCAAAGUUAUUAAUGCUCUGUUCAAUACCUGAUGAAUUGAAGCACGUUAUCGGUAGUGAAACAACUCGUAAAGGUGUUUUGUGUGUGUUUGAAAUGUUCCAAAGAUCAGAAUUGAAUCGUAGACUUAGCUAUGUUCUUCUUGAAGGAAUAUUAGAAAUCUUAUUUCCUGGAUGCAAUUUAACAACCAUUAUUCAGAGGCUACAUUGCAGAUCUCCCCAGAAUAUAUUCGACCAAAUGGAUCGUAUGCAAGUCAGUCCAGUUAUUGAAAGAAAAUCUCAGUUGAAUAGGUGACAAACUCCAGAUCAGUAUUAAUGGCAUUUGUCUUAUGUAUAUAAUAGUGUCUAUAAUGUAAAGAAAUUGUCAUAUUUGAAAGAUUUUUAUAAAAUGUUGUGACUGUUCCUGCGCAAUGGCUCUGAAACACCUGUUUUUUCUCUAUUAUGUUUUUAAUCUGGGCUAUUUACAACCAUUAAAUUAAGCUCUCAAAUGAUUAUUCUUUUAGUAAUCAUAAUUUAUUGUAUGAUUAGCCUUCACUAUCAGGAAUGCUAAUUGUACAGAGUUUUUUAAAACCUUGUCAGAAUCUAUUUUUUUUAAUGAUCUCUUAUUUCUAGUAUACAUAUUUUUAUUUAUGAAUGAUUUUGUAUUUUAUUUUUUUUCACCCAAAUUUUGUGUUUGAUUGAAUUUAUUUCAUAAACUGAAAUUAAAGCAUCCUUCCCAGGGUUUUCAAUAUUUUGAUUGCUGAUCUACCUGAUGAAAAUGCACUAUAACUCUUUUAUUGAUAGGGAAAAUUCGACUCAUGAAAUUUCAAUUAUAUGUUUUAUUUAACAUUUCAUUGUUAUUACAAAGUAUAAUAAAUGCAUCUGUUAAUUGUUGAAAAUUAGUUUUGUGAAUAUGGAGGAAGUUUUAAAAGUUGGCAUUUCUACAGUAGUGUUUUAUUUAUUUCUAUUUAUUUAUUUUUUCUAUUGUAUUGAUUCUAUGUCUUCAGUCAUACAUACUUAGUUAUUUAUUUUUAGUGCUAAGAAAAUAAUAUAAAUUGUAUUUGUAAUUGUUUGGCGUGUUAAAUUUUUUAAUCUAUAUU